GUGGAUGAAUUUUUACAAGUUUUUAUUUUAGUUUUACCGCUUUAUUCCUGAAUAGAUGAAAUGAUAUAUGAUUUGGUGCUCGUCAAUACUUAGUUCAAAUAAUUUGCAAAUAAGAAACUGCUGUCAAAAUGAAAGGACGUGAUUUUUGUGAAGAUUCGCAUGCUCCUCUGGAUAUCAGACGGGUUUUCGUUACUGAUCUGCUACUCUUAGGAUUUGAUGCAACAGCAACAAGUGCCAGGAUACCUUUCAAUAAGAAUAUAUUUGAUGUUCCCAACAAAAGUGCCUUUGAAACGGUAAUGCACUUCUUGUUCAAGAAACUGAACCCAAUUCAAUGUCGAGAAUAUUUUAGGGAGUGUUGGCCAAUAGCAGACAGAAAACAAGAACCUCUUUUCAGAAAAGUUUGUAUAAAGUGGCUUACAGAAAUUUCUGAGAAAGACUCAGAUGCUCAUCUUCCCCGAGUGGUGGCCUCUUUAUUCCUCUCCCCUGGUGGCGGCAGAUUCUGCCAGUUACUUGCUGCAUUCACACGCUACGUCCUACUAAAAGUUAGCAGAAACGAAUAUGGUCGGAGAGACCAACUGCAUCACCCAACACUAACGCCUGAUUCCAUUCAUCUUGGAGACAUGGUAGAGACAGCAGUAGAAGCAAAUUCAGUGCGAUAUAGACAGAAGUUCUUCAACAGGUUGCAAGAGCUGGCUCUUAUACAGAAAGAAUGGCAACACUAUGCUUCGGAAUUGGUAAAAGAUCAUCGUCAUCUCUCUAAAUUAGCACGAGACAAGGAAAAGGAAUUGAACACGUUGCUGCAGGUGUCAGCUGACAGAGGCAGCCCUAUUCCUCGCAGCCAACGUUCUGGUGGGAUAAGUGAUUAUGAUCUCGAUAUACAAACAGUGAGGAGGACACAGAAAAUACAGAAGGUGCGGUCUCUGUGGAAGAGUUUGUGUGACUACUUCCGUGACAGCCAACAAGAGAGAGAUAUCAUUCAAUCAAUAUUACAAGGUGUGGCGGACAAGUACAAGAUCGAUGCCAGUAAUAUCAAUGUCAAGGUGCCAGAGAUGUUACUCAGGGAGUUCGAUAGGGAGAUUCAGUCGAGGGCUGUUAGCAAUACCUAUGAAGGAGGCAACCUCAACCUCUUGAGUGUUAUCCAGUUGUGGAACUUAUCGCUCCAUUUGUACAUAGAGAAGUUACAUGAAGUUGGGAUGCCCGAUUUGAAAGAUGUUGGUCCUCGGAUACAUUCACAUGUCCACACACAUAACGCACAUCUUGCUGACCUUCGAGCUUUAGAAACAAAAUUGAAAAAUGAAGUGAUUCCUGGCUUGAAGGAGUCCAUAGGAGAAUUGCAGACGAAACUCAAUGCAACACACAAAGUAAAGACUCCCCCUAGUUCUCGGAAUGCUUCACUCCGGCUUGGUUUGAUGCCCCCGACUCCACCAAUCAACUUUGAUGGUAGUCCAGUGGACAGUGAGGCAGUGCCAUCAAGACCUCUCAUGAGGACGCCCAAAAGUUCAGAUGAGAGUACCCCGGAGGCUGCCAGUAGGUUGAUGUCCACCAUUAGGAAAGAGAGACACUCACCUCUCGUUCAAGGAAGUCCCUUAUUUUCUGCCAGGGCAACCCUUACUGGUCAUAAGUUUCAUUCCAAACUUCCCAUCCAUGUUCCUGAGAGCUCAGAACGCAAGCCACCAGAAGGUCGUGUUCGCCAACGUUCAGCACCAAGUAAAGUCACCGUCAAGACACCAAAGAAGGAUACUAUAACAGCCAGGGCACAUUUGACAUCUCAGGUGCAGAGGACGAAAUCAGCUGUCACUCGGGAAAAGUUCUACUCGAAUGACCUCACUACAUCUGUGAUGACAACUCCAACGACACCAGACAGAAAGGAACUAGAUGUUUUCUCAAGCCUUAAGCAUCCACCAACACCAGGCAGUACAAGCCGGGAAAGAGCGGAAAAUGUUCUUGUUGACAAAAUUGUGGAUUCUAUCGUCUCCUUCAGCCCUCUCUACCAAGCCUCAGCACUUUCUAAUGAAAAUACCCCUCAAGACGUCAAUGACAUCAAUCUGAAGGACCCAAUGGCUGCAUUGCAGGAGACAGCUUUUCAGGUCCGGGAUAAAAUAGCCAGGAGUCCCUUCGAUGAUAGAUCAGCGAUUCCUAAGAUAAACUUAGAUGCGAGUAAGAAUAGCUCAGACAGCUCACCAACUGCAAUCGCAAGACCAGUGGAACAAGAGGCAUUACUUGAACGCUUUGAGGCUGCUGACAUGUUAUCUGAAGCAGAUGAAUUCAAUGUUUCCGACUCAAACAACAAUAAUAACUAUAUUGGGAAAUCUCAGGAAAAGCUGGAUGAGAUAUUCCGUCGGUCGCCGGGGAUUGAAGAGGAUGAAAAACACUUAGAGGAGUUGUUGUCGUUUAGCAUGAAGAUAGAUGACAGUUACAAUCCCUUCCCAGAAACAAGAGACUCUUCUUCAUGUGAAUCAAAAAUAUCACUGAGGGAUAGAAAACUAUCACCUCGACAUCAAGAAACUUUUGAUGGAGUUGACCAUGCGUCUGAUUCAACAAAGAGGAGAGUACAUUUUAGUGAGACUGAUAUUCAUACAGAAAGUCGAUCUCUCCAUGAGCCUCAAGGUGAUCUUCUAGAUUUUGAUCUGGAGAAAGCGGACACAUUGCAUGUGUUGGGUGGUUUGAAGAAGUUUUCUUUGGAUGAUGAUGUCCUGAAUGGAUUUGACGACAUUGUGGUUGGAGGAGAGGUGCUAAACAGUGAAGAACAAAUCUUUGAGCUUAAGCGGAAUGAGAGUUUGUUGUCUGACUUGCACGAAUCUGAUGAACUUCUCGAUACGAGGUCGGGGAAAGAUACGUCGGAGAUAGAGGUGCCUCUUAUAGAUAUCAACAUAAGAAAUCUCACAGGUUUUACUCCAUCUGGGUCUAUGUCCAACCAAAGCUCAUCCAGGUUUCCAACGAUACAUUCUAACAUGCUGGAUGAGAGUGUGGAAGAUCUCAAUGACAUUUCUCUUGGUGAUCUGGCUGCUCCUGACGACUUUGAAUUAGAUGCUGGCCAGUCUUCCCCACCCCAGGCGACAAGUCCAACAGCCAUUGAUGUCCCUGCCUCGGAGGAAUCCAAACUAAGCAGCGCCACUGGCAUCAGUAAUGACCUGCUGAUGCGGUUCCAGAGACUCAAGAUGAGUAAUGCUAAUCCCACGAACAGUCUGGUCACCAAGGAGAACGGAGUGCCUUCACUACCCUUGCCCGGUGAGUCGGAGGAGGAUCAGGACGAUAAAGGUUUGGAUGCAGUGUACCUAAUGCAGAGUCCUCGGCCCAAGCUUGAAGAGGACAAGAAGUUCACACUGGACCUGGCAUUUGAAUCAGAUUCAGAUGAAGGUAAAGAAGCAGAAGUGGAAAAUGUGUUUUAUACACCGGAUCAUAAAACUAGAUUCAAAAGUCGGCUGGAUGAUAUGCUAGGUGAUGAUGAUUCACUCCUUGUACCAUCUUCUCCAUGAGAAGGCUUUGCCAUCAACGCGACACUGACGAGAGUAUCAAGCAUUUAUGAAGUUGAGCCGAUCUGACCUUCGUGUACUUGUCAUUGUACUGCAUGCACAUUUAUAUCUACUUCUGAGGACUCAACUGUUGGACAGAUAUUAAACUUCAUUGUGCAUGUAAAUAUAACCUGCUGUAAAUAUCAUCUUAAAUGCAUAUGGAGUGUGGUGAUUCAAACUAAUAAGCCGGAUACAGACUGUCGAAAAUUAACAGUGGACUCCUCGGAACCCUGUGUGAAUGUUGGGUUAUUAGUUCAGUACAAUUUGAAGAGCAUUGUUUCAACUUCAUGCUGAUCUGUAUCAAAGGGAACCUUGAAAAGACCCAUAGAGAUGAAGCUAGCCAACUGUGCAUAUUUUGUAGCAUGGCCUACAGCUCUGUCAUGCAGGCCAUGACCGAAUUGUAUACAUUUAUAUUUCUCUUGUACGAGCAAUAAGUUUGUACAGUAACUACUGAAACUUAGUAACAGUCUUGUCAUAUCGCAUAUUCAUGUAUUAUGAAGGAUGUGUUAUUUGUAAAUACAGCAAAUGUACAGUUUUUGGCAGAGUAUUCACGGCCUACAGAUUUGUGUUCAAAAUCAUUCGUAUCCAUUAUCAAAAGCUACACAACUCUAGUAUUAAUGAUCUAUGCAAUACCUUAUGUCUUCGUAUGUCAUUAUCUUGCAGUGACUCUAAGCAUGUGCAUGUAUACAUGUAAAAAGAAUAUGGAUUCCAGAAAGUGUUUUUGAAAAUAGAAUGAAAUCACAAUGUAUUGUUUUGACAGCAAAGGGUCAUACCUGAAUUGCUGUCUGGUUUUGUUAUGAAUAAAGCCAAUUUUGCAAACAUGCUUAGUCCAUCUGUUAUUUCCUGUUCAUAUUUGGUGAUGCCUCGCAUACAUGAUCUACAGAUUGUGACCAUGCCAUCUUCACCUUCACAGAUUGCGACUUAGUAUUAUCACA